UGUAGAAAUAUUUUUUCACAUUUGCCCUUUCAUCCCGGAAGCCUUUUACCAUAGCCUCUGGUUAUUUUCUCCACACAAAAAGAAAAAGAGGUAGACAAAUUAUGAAAAAAAAAUUAAAAAUAAAAAUAAAACAUUGAUGUCUAAACUUCUUUCUUCCACCAAAAACUACUAAUUGCCUUUUUACGUUGCAAAAUUCUUCAAAAUUCCCAGUCCACACACAAUUAAUUUCUUUCAGACUCCCAGGUCUGCAAUUCUCACUUUUCAUAUUGUUACUGACAAUCCCGUUUUAAGCUAGGCAUUGACAAGCCUGCAAUUGGCAGAUAAUAACUUUCUUAGUCCGAUGAAAUGGUAAAACAAUAUGAUUCGUCAGAAAAGGACAUAAUGGUUACUUUUUUCCAUCUGGAUAUAUUAACAAUCUGAGCUAACUUUUCUCAUAAGGUAACAUGCAUAUAUUGUUCCCAAUUCAUGUGGAGAUCUGAUAAAAGGGUACGAUUAUUUGACAUUGGAUGUAUGACUGGCUCAAUCUAGAAAUUCACCUAGACCACAGAGAAGAAAAUUAAAUUUUAUCCCAUGAGUUUCAUGUAUCUUGGUAAUGAUGUAUGUUCCAUCACCUUUAAAGUUUGUAUUUAUUCAGUUAAUGAAUUGAAAAGCUGGGCAGAAGGGAUAUUCUAAAGCAUGGCUUAUAAUGCUACAAACAAGGCACAGUCAUCUUCUUCUCAACCGCCUCUCAUCCAAAAACUAGCGGAUGAUCCUGUAAACCCCAAGAACACACAAAGUAGCGUUACAUGUGUUUAUCAGUCACAUAUUGGGGAAUUUUGGCGCAACGUAACAGUUAUAUGGACCAAGAAUCUAAUGAAUCAUUCUGUGACCCUAACGGUUGAUAGCGUGGAAAGUGAUUAUCAUCAAACAUGCAAGAUUGAUCUUAAACCUUGGCAUUUUUGGGCCAAAAAAGGAUACAAGACCUUUGAGGUAGAUGGGAAUCAAUUGGAGGCUUAUUGGGAUCUAAGAUCAGCAAAAUUUUCUGGAAGUCCAGAACCAUUUUCGGAUUUUUAUGUUGCACUAGUUUCCGAGGAAGAGGUUGUGUUGUUUUUAGGGGAUUACAAGAAAAAAGCCUACAAGAAAACUAAAUCAAGGCCAGCCCUUGUGGAUGCCCUGUUGUUUUACAAGAAAGAACAUGUUUUUGGUAAGAAGAGUUUCUCAACUAGAGCUAAAUUUGAUCAAAGGAAACAAGAUUGUGACAUUGUGGUAGAAAGCUCGACAACAGGACCUAGGGAUCCUGAGAUGUGGAUAAGCAUAGAUGGGAUUGUUUUGAUUCACAUAAAAAACUUGCAGUGGAAAUUCAGGGGAAAUGAAACCGUCUUAGUGAACAAACAACCAGUGCAAGUCUUUUGGGACGUGCACGCUUGGUUGUUCUGUCAACCUGGGUCGGGUCAUGGCCUGUUUAUUUUUAAGCCGGGGGCAUCUGAGGAUGACAGUGACAAGGAAGAGAGUAGCGUGGGUGGUGGUAGCGAUUGCAGUGACCAUAGCAAGUAUUAUUCGACGUUGAGCUACUCUAAAGCAUCGCCAUUCUGUCUCUUUUUGUAUGCAUGGAAAAUUGAGUGAGGGCCAAGCACACCAUUGAAUGUUGAAAAAUGCUAAAGUUGUAUAAUUGGUAAGGUAAGAUGGGAUUAUAAGCAUGAGCUUCCAGUUUCAAAGAAAUUGUAACUUCAUAAGCAAAUGUCUUGUGGAGAUCAGCCGAAUAAGUCAAAUUUCUUGGUGUUUUCACUCCUAAUUAUGUCGUGUGAAUUUUGUAUAAAUAUUAUUCGAUAUAGCGCUAUGCUUUUUUCACCUAGGAGGAUGUUGUGUCAGUGCACUGGGCGGGCACACUCUGCAUAUAUAUGUAUAGUCGGACAAUUCAACAAAUUCAAUUAUAUAUAUGUUUUGCCUGC